UCUCACAUGACGUACAUCAACGCAUGUCCUCAAAAUUUAAACUACUUCUCGCCUCCAAGCUUGCAUGACUCGAACGGUGAAGGUGGCUGUUAUUGGCAGCGGCCUUGCUGGUUUGACAGCGGGUUAUUCCCUUUCCACCAGUGGAUCACUAGCCUGCCAUGAUCUACAGUUCGAAAUACAUGUUUUUGAAAAGUCCUCGACGUUAGGGAUGGAUUCCUCCUCGAUAUCGAUUCCAGUUCCAGGAAAUGAGAACGAGUGGAGGGUAGAUGUCCCAAUGCGGUCGUUCCAAGGGGGUGUGUACUCGGCCAGUUGCCCCACCGUUAUCGUACUCGACAACAAGUUAUUACAGGUUAUUACCCUCAACUAAUCGCCUUGUACAAGCAUCUCGGUGUCAAAUUUAGGAAGACCGAUUUCUCUUAUUCGUUUUCAUCCAUCUCUGGUGUUCCCAAAACGAAAGGCAGAAGAAUAACAGCUUCAAUGAUUUAUAAUGGUCGGUCAGGGCUUGCUGGAGUUAGCAUGACUUCCGCGAUGCGUUCUCAGUACGAGAAUGCACCUUUUAUUCUUCGACCAUUUACACGACUUUGGACUACCGUGAUUUUUGCUCUGGAGGCCUUUCGUCUUUUGCUGUGUUACCUGUGGUUAUUGGUGCUAUCAAUCCCUAUAUUCCGCUUCUCAAACACUGCCCACAUGGCUUAUUCGACCUGGGCUAAACGGAGUGUUCCAGCGGGGUUCAUUGCACGAGGACUUGGACUCGAUCUGGCAUGGGAAAACUUCACGAACGAAGUAUUAUUAGCUUUAUUUUCCGGUCUAUGCACCUGUUCCUUCGAUGAUGUGCUACGCCAUCCGGUAGAGGAACUUUUAGACUACGUCUGGUUGACUCUCGGUACUCACCAUUAUGCAGCCAAGGACGGCGUUCGAGAUAUCGUCUCAAGGUUGUCGUCCCCGAUUCAACAUAUACAUCUUUCAUCACCGAUUUCUAGCCUCCGACCUGACCCGAGCAAUCCCAGUCUGGCCGCGAUACAUAGUCUAACUGACGAAGGCGAAAAGAUCCACUCAGGCUUUCACCAUGUCAUCAUAGCCACACAAGGCAACAACGCCGUCCCCAUUCUCGAAUCCUAUGCUUUGUCUUUAUCUUCGGAUACCCCCAAACGUCACGUCCUACUUCUCCAGCGAUUAAUCGAAUGUACACGAAAGGUUAAUUACAGGACAUCUGUCGUGAUUAACCAUACAGAUGGUUCACCGGUGCCGGACGAUCAUAGGGAUAGACGAGAUUUGAAUUUCAUUUCUCCCGACCUUGACUUCGCUGCAUCUAGUAGUAGUGAUGUGAAGGACGGAAAAUGGACCCGAUGUUUACCCCCGACCUGUACGAUGACGACACAUUGCUUGCCUCGUCCCUCAGGCUUCCCUCACCAUCUCCCUCCUAUAUACCAGACAACAAAUCCCAUCGUGGAAAUGAGAGAGGAAAGGAUACUCAGUGAAUCCAGAUUGCAACGUGCCGUGCUGUCGAUGGAUUUCAAACAAGCUCUCCGUGGAAUUCAUUUAGAACCUGGAAGACGGUGGUGGCAGUGUGCGGGCCAAGCGAACGGUCAGCUUGGGCCGUUACAAGGGGCUGGGAGGUUGGAGGAUAGUUCGUCGCCCGGAAUAUGGUUGUGUGGCUCGUACGCGUCUUCUGGGAUACCAUUGCUGGAAGGCUGUGUUACCAGUGCCAGGAAUGUUGUGAAACAAGGUAUCUGCGCAAGUGAAAAGGUCGAAUUACGGAUUCCUUGGUAACGUCCUGUAUCGUAUUUUUUUUUUUUUGGGUGUGCAUGUUCUGGUCCACACACAAAAAUCGUCAAAGAUUCCCAGCUAU